AUGGAAUUGUGCUUUGCAGCUACCACCUUGACGAGCUGGCAUCUCCUGGUCAACGUCUACUACAACGAGGCCUCCUGCGGCCGCUUCGUGCCCCGCGCCGUCCUCAUGGACCUCGAGCCCGACAACAUGGACUCCGUUCUCUCCGGCCCCUACGGCGGCAUAUUCCGCCCCGAAAACUUCGUCUCCGGCCAGUAUGGUGAUGGCAACAACUGGGCCAAGGGACACUACACCGAGGGUGCCGAGCUCAUUGACUCCGUCCUCGAUGUUGUCUGCAAGGAGGCCGAGAACCGCGACUGCCUCCAAGGUUUCCAGGUGUGCCACUCGCUGGGCGGCGGCACGGGGUCCAGCAUGGGCGCGCUGCUCAUCUCCAAGAUCCGGGAGGAGUACCCGGAGUGCAUGAUGCUCACCUUCUCUGUCUUCCCCUACUGCCGCCCGCAGCCUCAGAUACAAGAUAUGGCGUUCGGCGAAUCUGGUACAGUCCGUGUGCUUCAUUUCACCAAGUAA